AUGCGGUUAGCAAAAUGGUCUGCAUUUGCCCUGGCGGCAUUUGCUGCUGCCGUCGGGGCACAGACGACGCCGGACUGUGCGGCCGACUGUCUUGCAAAGGGACUCAAGGAUUCGACAUGCACGGCGACAGACUCUGACUGCAUAUGUGCCGACGCGGUGUUGAUGGAGAAUGUCCAGGCCUGUUCAAUGGUGGCUUGCACCGUUGUCGAAGGGCUGCAGGCUACGAAUGCCACGGCUACGCUCUGCCACUGGCCCGUCCAUGACAAGAGUCUCGUCGCCCCUAUCGCUACAGCUGUUACCGGGGCCAUGGCCCUGGCGUUUGUUAUCCUCCGAGUGAAGGACUGCAUCUCGAAGAAUGAAUACAAGUGGGCUGAUCUGUGUGCGGUUCUUGCAUUUAUCUUUUCCCUGCCCAUGGACAUUUUUGAAUUCUUCAUGAUGGGAUCUGGCAUGGGAAAGGAUGUUUGGACGUUGACUCCGACCCAGAUCACCAACACGGCCAAGUAUACCUGGGUUACCCAGGUCUGGUACAUCCCAGCAAUCAUCCUAACCAAAGUGGCCAUCGUGUGCUUCUUCAUGCAGAUCUUCCCAGGCCCCCGAUUCCGACUUCUAUGCCAGGGAACCAUCGUCCACUGCUUUCUGUUCAUGAUAUCGACAUUCAUCACGGAGAUACUGUCCUGUAUUCCGGUGGAGGACGUCUGGUCAAGCUGGAAAGGCGAGUCUACUGCAAUAUGUUACGACAAUAGCGCCUUCUGGUGGGCUCAUUCGGCUAUCAACAUCGCCACGGAUCUAUGGGUCCUCGGGCUUCCAAUUCCAAUGCUCUGGGGUCUCCAGCUCAAGCUGAAGAAGAAGAUCUAUCUGGUUGUCAUGUUCAGUGUCGGUAUCGUUAUCACCGUCAUCAGCAUCGUCCGAUUCUCAGGACUGCUGAAGUACUCCACGACAACAAACAUCACCUACAACAACGUCAUGGUAGCGACAUACAGCGUCAUCGAGUGCAACGUGUCCAUAAUGUGCUGCUGCAUGCCCGCCCUCCUGUCCACCCUCCGCCGCGGCUUUCCCACAAUCUUCGGCAGCACCAACCGCUCUCUCAACUACAACAACACCCCGUUCUCUGGUAGCAACGGCAUCCAGAAGUCGGUCACGCAUAAGGUCACGUAUAUGCCGCGCGACGGGACCUCGGAUGACGUGGUUGAGCUGGUGGAUCGGAAUGGCCACCGCGAGACGGAGACGGAGACUGAGACUCGUGUUGAGGGGAACUAUGGCAGUGAUGAGCGAAGGAGCAAGUGGUAG